GAGCCCGCGGCGGCGAUGACCGGGGAGAAGAUCCGCUCCCUGCGGAGGGACCGCAAGCCCAGCAAAGAGGACGGGGACCUGCUGGAGCCAGGGGAGGAGGAGGCGACGGCCGCGCUCGGCGGCGCCUUCGCGGGAGGCCGGGCGGGCGCGGGCGGCGGCAAGGGCGGCCGCACGGCGCCCAGGAUCUUCAGCAACCACCACCACCGGCUGCUGCUCAAAGCGGCGGCCCCGGCCCCGGCCCCGGCCCCGGCGCUGCACAACUCGGUGGCGGCCGCCUGCCCGGCCCCGGCGCUCCCGGGCGCCCGCCCCGCCGCCGCCGCCGCCGAGCUCGCGGGUGCAGGCAGCUGUGCGGACCGCUUCCCGGUGCACGAGUGCGUCUUCAAGGGGGACGUGAGGAGGCUGUCCUCCCUCAUCCGCACGCACAAUAUCGGGCAGAAGGAUAGUCACGGAAACACUCCUUUACAUCUUGCUGUGAUGUUAGGAAACAAAGAAUGUGCACAUUUACUUUUGGCUCACAAUGCUCCAGUGAAGGUGAAAAAUGCUCAGGGAUGGAGCCCUCUGGCAGAAGCCAUCAGCUAUGGAGAUAGACAGAUGAUUACAGCUCUUUUAAGGAAGCUUAAGCAGCAGUCCAGGGAAAGUGUUGAAGAAAAACGACCUCGAUUAUUAAAAGCCCUGAAAGAGCUAGGUGACUUUUACCUAGAACUUCACUGGGAUUUUCAAAGCUGGGUGCCUUUACUUUCCCGAAUCCUGCCUUCUGAUGCAUGUAAAAUAUACAAACAAGGUAUCAAUAUCAGGCUCGACACUACUCUCAUAGACUUUACUGACAUGAAGUGCCAACGAGGGGACUUGAGCUUCAUUUUCAGUGGGGACGCGGCACCCUCAGAGUCCUUUGUAGUACUAGAUAAUGAACAAAAAGUUUACCAGCGAAUACACCACGAGGAAUCAGAGAUGGAAACAGAAGAAGAAGUUGACAUUUUAAUGAGCAGUGAUAUUUAUUCUGCAACUUUAUCAACCAAAUCAAUUUCCUUCACACGUGCCCAAACUGGAUGGCUCUUUCGGGAAGAUAAAACAGAGAGAGUGGGAAGCUUCCUGGCAGACUUUUACCUGGUGAAUGGACUUGUGUUAGAAUCCAGGAAGCGGAGAGAGCAUCUCAGUGAAGAGGACAUUCUCCGAAACAAGGCCAUUGUGGAGAGUUUGAGCAAAGGUGGAAACAUCAUGGAACAGAAUUUUGAGCCGGUUCGCAGACAGUCUCUGACCCCUCCUCCUCAGAACACUAUUACAUGGGAAGAAUACAUAUCUUCCGAAAAUGGAAAAGCUCCUCAUCUGGGUAGAGAACUGGUGUGCAAAGAGAGUAAGAAAACGUUUAAAGCCACCAUAGCCAUGAGCCAGGAAUUUCCCCUAGGGAUUGAGUCAUUAUUGAAUGUUCUAGAGGUAAUUGCUCCCUUCAAGCACUUUAACAAGCUUAGAGAAUUUGUUCAAAUGAAGCUUCCUCCAGGCUUUCCUGUAAAAUUAGAUAUUCCUGUAUUUCCCACAAUCACAGCCACUGUGACCUUCCAGGAGUUCCGGUAUGAUGAAUUUGAUGGCUCCAUUUUUACCAUCCCGGAAGACUACAAGGAAGACCCAAGCCGCUUCCCUGACCUUUAGCUGACAUGGGAAACCAAGACAAGACGGUGCACAGACCACAGAAGUGAUGCCAGUGGUCGUCGGCACAGUGCUCUCCUCAGUGAAAGGAGAGACGUGCAGUCGGCAUGUCAGUAACUGACUAGAAAUGGGCCUCUAGUAAACAUUGAGCAGGUUCCUGAUGUGCCACUUUCAGUCUUUUUAAAGUACACUUAACUGUAUGUGUAACAGUGUGACACCUAAUGACCCCAAGACCUUCGUAUGUAAAGCAGCGUGAGUGCUGGGAUUUGUUUUUAAAGGUUUUUACACUUGUUGAAAUAUAUAUGCAUAUAAAUAUAUCUAUAUCUAUCUAAAACACUCCUGGACCAUUAACCUAAAUUAAAUGUCUUAAGAGAUUAUUAAGCCCUUUUAAACAUGUCACCUUUAUUGAAGGUGAUAUUUAUAAAUAUUUCUUUAAGCUUUGUUUUCAUAAAAUGUAAACUAUGUAACAUUUAUGUAUAGUUCUGUAAUUUGAAUGUUUGUUCAAUAUAAUGAACUAGAAGGAAUGCAGUUUUGUGUAGGUGAAUGAACCAAAUGGUAACCAUUAAACAAUUGUAUUUAUAUACUGCAGUCCACUUCAGAGGGAGCGCUCACUGCAGGGAGUACGGUACCUCCUUUAGCACCUGGUGCAGCUCAUUGCGGUGCUAUCUGUUUUUACCUGAAUUCUUUUUUCAAUGGAAAUGUUUGUUACUGAUCUUCCUUUCAGAGAAACUUUUUUUCUUUUCUGCUUGAGUUUCAGAUCCUUGUUAUGUUUAUGAUAAGGUACUUCUAGCAUGCUCACGAAUAGUCCUCUCCCAGUUUCAGCACUUUAAACAAAUUCCAAAUUUUUAAAAUGGCUUCCUAAUAAGUGCAUAUAAGUCUGAUUGUUUUUAGUGGACUAUGGAUGUGUUGGUGUCAGUUUUAAAACACAACCUACAUAUUUUGGACAACCCUAUAUAUCUAACUUUAAAAACAAGGUAAAAACAUUUUAUAUACUAGCAGUAUAUUUGUUAUAAGCUGAAGUCCAGAAACAUAUUCAAGAUUGACAAUUUUUAUUUUUAAAUUUUUUUAAGUCACAAGAAACUAUUUACAGAUUUUAAUUGUCUCCAAAGUGUUAAAAUCAUGUAUCACUCAUUUUUGCACUUAAAUUUUUUUGUAUUUAUGACAAGAUGUUUUAAAGGUCCAAGAAUGAAAACCAAUCAAGGAGAAUAAUGUGUAAACCCAAAGGUAUCACGUUAUAGUAAAGUGUGCAGCUAAAUGUUUUUAAAUCUGUUCUGGUGAGUCAAUCAGGGAGAAUGAUGUGUAACCCCAAGGUAUUGUGUUAUAGUACUUACUAUGAGUGCAGCUAAAGGUUUUUAAAUCUGUUCUAAAGAAAUGGGUCAAGAAUGCAUCACUCAAGAUUCGUUUUUGAAUGACCAGUACUUUAAUUUUCCAACAUUUUAUAUGAUUUGAGAUGAGUAUAGACUUUUAUUGAAUAGAUGGUUUAUUGAAAAAAUCCAAAGCAUUAAACAUAAAGAAACAUUUUAUAUAUUUACAGUUGCAUCGUACAUACUAGUAACACAUUGCAUAUAAUGAAUGGUAGUUAAAAACUUAACAGCCCUAUUCAGUCCCUUAAGUGGAUUUGGUGAAUUCUGAAAUGAGAAUUGGGAAGCCCAGAGUCAGCUUAGUUGAACAUUUAUUGGUCCCUUGUGUUUAGGCUGUGGUUGAGGGUCAGGUGACUGAGUUUUGUCAUCAGUUGUGAAUGAGGGUUGAGGCGGUGAAAGGCAGUGACCACUGUUGCUUUAGUUUGGCUCCCUGACUUUGUAGGAAUAAAAGGUACUUUCAGGAAUACACUGUAGACAACAUAGGAAAAAACACAGCAAAUACAGCUUGGAAUUUAUGAAUUUCUUCACAGCUGUGAAUAUUUUGCUGGGGUACACUGGAGAUAGAAGACUACUGAGUUUUACACUUGGGAUUUUGUUUUUUAAACACCAGUUUCUUUAGUGAAUAUUAUAGUAGAAUCAGACUGUCCAUUCCACAAUGUCUUUUCUCUGAUCACAAAGAACAAAUGUCAGUAUCUCUUAUGAUGGUGGAAAAGGAGUUAAUGAAAAUAAACUUUUCACAAUAUUAGA